CGGUAUCAAUUUUAAAGUUGUACAAUAUUAUGUUCUAAAAUUAUUUUUGAACAUUUUUGUUUGAAUAGUGUUAUUAGUUUGUGUUAAAUAAAAAAAACCGUAGACAAUAAGUGUUAGUUAUGAAAAUCACUCAGGUUUUGUAUAAACAACACAUUGGGCGUUUAAUACAGUGGCAAUGGCGUGCCCAACGGAAGAAGGCUGUUGUCGAAACGAAUGCUUUUAAAGUUCUCGCUGCUAAAAAUAUUCCUGUUGUGGAUGCCCUGGAAUUUAUACAAGAGCCUAUAUUAGAAGCUCAAAAGAUGGACGUCAAGCAGAUAUUCGACAAUAUUGUUGGACCGUGUGAAUUGCCGCAAAAAAAAGAUCAUACCCAUCCGUUAUGGAACGACGACCCUUGCUUUGUAUACCGUGACAAAGAUGUACUGGUUCACGGCCUCGAUCAAGCUAAAGUAUUUACUAAUACUGUUGAACCCGAUAAUGCUUUGCCACAGCAUGUGCAGGAAUUAUAUGGUGCGUACAAAAUUCCCAACCAAGAUGAACGUGUACAAAAAAUUAUUAGCGCUUCCGUAUUGUUUGACGCCGUACAAGAAAAGUUACCCAUAAAGAAGGAUAAAGAGAGGCCAGCAUGGAAAUAUCCCAGAGACUACGGUGUACCUGCAAAGCGACGCAACCAACUAUUAACCAGUAGACUAUUACAGUUAUGCGAAUCGAGCGCUGGGAGUAUGUGUUCUAGCAGGGUUAUAGCUAGAGAUGUUUUUUUCAAAGUACCGAUUCAAAGAAAUGCAAAUGUGAGUCUUAAUUUGAAUGCCAAUCUGUUACUCUUAUCUGACACUCCGUUAGGUUCAUAUUUGGAUAACGCAACUGGUGAUUUACCCGAUAUUUAUCCUUUUGAUUGCAAGGUGUCCUUAGAAGAAUAUAAUAUUUACAAAAAAAAUGAAUUUAUUUCACCUAUAGAUGGUAAAUUUAAUAAUAUUCACACGGUAUUUGUACAUUUUGAUGACACCGAAGUAAAGAAUCUGUAUGAGACGCCUGUAGUAGAAUCGCAAAUCCUCGGACGUUCGCUUAUGAAGUGUUACGCGUUUGCAGUUGCCAAUGCAAAAUCGAAAUUCGGAGAAGAUGUUGUUGAUUUACCAGAACCCAUUACUCUUCAGUGUGUUCACACUAAUGCCAGUUGGUUCCAUUUUUCCGUUUUCCAGCUGAACAGCUUGGCCGGUCCUGAAGACAACGAGAAAAGAAAUGCUUACUGGCAAGCACCGUUAAUGAAUUUGUAUACAAAUUGUAACUACGAAGAAGGUAUACCAGUCUUGGAAGAUUACAAUCCCGAAGUGUUCAAACAUUUUUUGGCAUUUUAUAUGAACGGAACCGGAUACGGAGCUGAAUAAUUCCUUACGUUAGUCGACCUUUUUACCUGUUUAUGAUUUGUUUUGUAUUUGCAAUAAAAAACUAAUUUGUUUUUAGAAA